AUGGUGGUCAUCUAUAAGCAGGUGGCCAGCGUGACAGAGUGGAAACAUUUUGGAGUCUUAGAGGCAUUUGGAUUGAUAUCCCCGCCUCUUCCUGAAGGUGGAGGAGGACCCAGGACAAUGGCUGCUGCUCACCAUUUGGAGAUAGAGGAGGACGUGAAUCUGAAUAUGGAUAGAGAGAUGAAGGAAGAGCUGGAAGAGGAGGAAGUGAGAGAGGGCGGGGCAGAUAAAGACCCCUUCAAGCCUAGAAACGUCCACAGGAUUGUCUCAAAAUGGAUGCUUCCUGAACCGGUGCGAAGAACAUACCUGGAAAGAGCCAACUGCCUCCCGCCCCCUGUGUUCAUCAUCUCCAUCAGCAUCGCCGAGCUGGCGCUAUUUAUUUACUAUGCUGUAUGGAAGCCUCAGAAACAGUGGAUCACCUUGGACACGGGCAUCUUGGAGAGUCCUUUUAUCUACCGUCCUGAGAAGCGGGAGGAAGCCUGGAGAUUUAUCUCAUACAUGCUGGUUCAUGCUGAAGUUCAGCACAUCCUGGGGAAUCUUAUCAUGCAGCUGAGUCUGGGUAUCCCCUUGGAAAUGGUCCACAAAGGCCUCCGAGUGGGACUGGUGUACCUAGCAGGAGUGAUAGCAGGAUCCCUUGCCAGCUCCAUCUUUGACCCACUCAAAUCCCUUGUGGGUGCUUCAGGAGGAGUCUAUGCUCUGAUGGGAGGCUAUUUUAUGAAUGUUCUAGUGAAUUUUAAAGAAAUGAUUCCUGCUUUUGGAGUUGUCAGACUACUCAUCAUUGUUCUUAUAAUUGCGUCGGACAUGGGAUUUGCUCUCUACAGACGGUUCUUUGUUCCUGCAAAUGGGUCUCCGGUGUCUUUUGCAGCUCACAUUGCAGGUGGAUUUGCUGGAAUGUCCAUUGGUUAUACCGUGUUCAGCUGCUUUGAUCAGGCAUUGCUGAAAGAUCCAAGGUUUUGGACAGCGAUUGCAGCUUAUUUAGCUUUUGUUUUAUUUGCUGUGUUUUUCAACAUUUUCCUAUCUCCAGUGAACUGA